GGAAGCACAUUCGCGAGCGCAGCAACCACUCAGGCGGCACCGAGCGAUGGAGCGCUCUGCGGCGUGAGCACGGGGAGCUCAGACCGGAGAAGGGCGAGCAGGGACAGCCACAGCAGGUGGAAAUCCGAUCCGGAGCCAACCGAGCGAGGAGAAAGUACCUGAGCGCCGCUUCUCCUCCACCCCUUCAGCUAACGAGAACUACUUUUACCCUCCUGGUAAAAGAGAGACUGGGGGAAGGUGAAGGCGAGCUGUGUGCUCUUAGGAAGGCUUCAGAGAAUCCCGAGCAGGGCUAGCCGCCGCCCGGUGCACCGAGCACAGCCAUCCUGGGCUUCUGAAGAUAAACCCUUUCCGGAGCAUUCCAGCUGGAGUCGCUGGUACCGUUCUAUUUUUGUAUUUAAAUAUACAUGCUCUUCGCCUCCCUUUUUAAAAACACGGCCGUUUGGGGCAGCAGGAGUGACACGUGUCGGUACAGAGUGGGAAAUAUUUACAGCUCUCUCUUCUCUCGUUUGCUGUCACUUUCAGAGGGUAGGAGCGCUCUCUUUUUUCUGAAACGGGCGUGUUAUUCGGAAACUCUGUCUUUCUACCUAUCCAUACAUUGUACACGCGCGAGCGUUUAGAAAGAGACAGCUCUUUUUAGCUUUUGGAGACCCGAACCCUCAGGGGGAGAAAAAAGAUGGAAAAGGGGGCUCGACAACGAAACAACACCUCGAAGAACCACCCGGGUGAGAGCAGAUCCGACACCGGCCCCGAGGCCGAGGCUGGCUCGGGAGGGGGCGGAGUAGCCCUGAAGAAAGAGAUCGGAUUGGUCAGCGCCUGUGGUAUCAUUGUAGGGAACAUCAUCGGCUCCGGGAUCUUUGUCUCACCCAAGGGUGUGCUGGAGAACGCUGGUUCUGUGGGCCUUGCUCUCAUCGUCUGGAUCGUGACAGGGAUCAUCACGGCUGUAGGAGCCCUCUGCUACGCUGAGCUGGGUGUCACCAUCCCUAAAUCUGGAGGUGAUUACUCCUACGUCAAGGACAUCUUCGGAGGACUGGCUGGGUUCCUGCGGCUGUGGAUUGCUGUGCUGGUGAUCUACCCCACCAACCAAGCGGUCAUCGCCCUCACCUUCUCCAACUAUGUGCUACAGCCGCUCUUCCCCACCUGCUUCCCCCCGGAGUCCGGCCUGCGACUCCUGGCUGCCAUCUGCUUGCUGCUCCUCACGUGGGUCAACUGCUCCAGUGUCCGAUGGGCCACCCGGGUUCAAGACAUCUUCACAGCUGGGAAGCUCCUGGCCCUGGCCCUGAUCAUCAUCAUGGGUGUCGUGCAGAUAUGCAAAGGAGAAUUCUUUUGGCUGGAGCCAAAGAAUGCAUUUGAGAAUUUCCAAGAACCUGACAUCGGCCUCGUCGCUCUGGCUUUCCUCCAGGGCUCCUUUGCCUAUGGAGGCUGGAACUUUCUUAAUUACGUGACUGAGGAACUUGUGGAUCCCUACAAGAACCUUCCUAGAGCCAUCUUCAUCUCCAUCCCACUGGUCACAUUUGUGUAUGUCUUUGCCAAUGUCGCGUAUGUCACUGCAAUGUCCCCCCAGGAGCUGCUGGCCUCCAAUGCAGUCGCUGUGACUUUUGGAGAGAAGCUCCUGGGGGUCAUGGCCUGGAUCAUGCCCAUUUCUGUUGCCCUGUCCACAUUCGGAGGAGUCAACGGCUCACUCUUCACCUCCUCCCGGCUGUUCUUUGCUGGAGCCAGAGAAGGCCACCUUCCCAGCGUGCUGGCCAUGAUCCACGUGAAGCGCUGCACCCCAAUCCCAGCACUGCUCUUCACAUGUCUCUCCACGCUGCUGAUGCUGGUCACCAGUGACAUGUACACACUCAUCAACUAUGUGGGCUUCAUCAACUACCUCUUCUACGGGGUUACAGUUGCGGGACAGAUAGUCCUUCGCUGGAAGAAGCCUGACAUCCCCCGCCCCAUCAAGGUCAGUCUGCUGUUUCCCAUCAUCUACUUGCUGUUCUGGGCCUUCCUGCUGAUCUUCAGCCUGUGGUCGGAGCCGGUAGUGUGUGGCAUCGGCCUGGCUAUCAUGCUGACAGGGGUACCUGUCUACUUCCUGGGUGUCUACUGGCAACACAAACCCAAGUGUUUCAAUGACUUCAUUGAGUUGCUAACCCUAGUGAGUCAGAAGAUGUGUGUGGUCGUGUAUCCCCAGAUGGAGGGGGACUCGGGGGCAGCGGAAGCCGUCGGCGAGGACCCGGAGGAGGAGCUGCAGAAGCCCAUGUUCCAGCCUACUCCUGUCAAGGACCAGGACUCAGAGGAACAGCCCUAGCCCUGAGGACUGCCAUCCCUUUAACUGACCACUCCCUCCUCCUUCAUCCUUUCUGUCCUGCACCCCUGCCUAGGUCCCCCCAACACACACACACACACACACACACACCCCUACCUAUACUCCCGUCAGGCAGGGGCGAGACCCAAGUGUCCAUGAUGACAAAUUCUAAACACUGACCUUUGUACCCAAAGAACCUGCUUCUAGCACCAAGACCCACAGUCAAGGUCAGUGCCCCCCCCCCCCGGGGCCUGCACACACUCCAAGGGUUCUAGGAGAGUGGAGGUGCCAUGGGUACCCUACCAAAACUCAUGCCCUUUUAGGUGCCUCUAAGAAACCCGGUUCACCCCUGCUCCCCUUCCUUGCUCUGAGCCCAGGUGAGACUUCAGCUAGGAAUGAGGCAGCAGCCACGGGGAGGUGGUUGGGCAAGGCGAAGCAAACCCAAGUGUCACCGCUCACAGCUGGAGACAGCUGGAGACGCCCAGCUGCCUCCUCAUUCCCGGGGGACCCAGCAGACAGAGGGUCCCCUCCACCCUGUACCACUCCACGGCCCAGCCUAGGCCCCCUGGCCAGAAACUUCCCCUUCGGGAGGCCUCCUCCCCACUGAGCUAAGGACCAAGAAGGAGGACCCCCCCACACCCCCAGCUCUAAGCCAGGCUUGUGGAAUACAGAGGGGAAGGCUCAGACCGCAGAAGCCCAGCAGCUACCCCGGCUCCGGCUCCUGCCUCCUGUCCCCUCGUGGUGCCAAAGCUCCCUGCAGCCAGAAAGGCUUCUUAUGUUCAGUCUAAUAGACAUCUCUCUCUCUCUCUCUCUCUCUCUCUCUCUCUCUCUCUCUCUCUCUCUCUCUCUCUCUUAAGGGCAAAGCGACUCAGCUCCUCCCCCUACCCCCACGUGAAAGAGCAUAAAGAGCCGAGGCCCUUUAUCAUCCCAGCAGCUCUUCCCACCCACAGCACUGCCAGCCACCAUCACCCCUUUACUCCCCCAGACCUUGGCUCAAGAACCAGGCGAGAAGGAUCCCCAAGCCCUUCGGGCCUGAAAUUCAGAGUCAAGCCAGCCUUAAGUCAUCUCCCAUCCAAGAACUGGGCCUAAAAAUGCUCCCUUGUUCUACCCUUCAGGCCAGACCUGGUGUUAAAUGCCUUCCCUGGAAGGAAGGGGGUCCCCACACCCCCACCCCCACCCCCUACCCCAGAGGUGCUCUGCCCUCACCCUGGGGAGACCAUGUUGUGGAGGGGGGGGCGGUUCUGAAGGCUAGUUCCUCUCCCCUCCCCCGACUCAAAUUGAUCCCAACACCAUCCUGGCAUCCCAUUGAGACAAGAUGGAAGGACAGUGGCAGAUGGCACUCCCUUUGGAGGCCUCAGAAAGGCCCCUUCCAUGAGAGCUGCUGACCUGUGCUCUACAGGAAGGUCACAGUGUCUGCCUUGUUCUGGAAGCCUCCACACCUGCUCUGCUAAGGACAGGAUCCUUAGGCCACAAAGCAGAACCCCAACCCCCAUUCCAUCUACUUUAACUGGAACACCCCUGGGCCUUUCCUGGCCCCUGUCAGGUCUCCUGACUUCCCACCUGCCUCACCUAACCCCUAACAGGUGAGAGGCUGGGUUUGGGCUGAAUUAUGGCCCUUCAGAGUGCAGUCCAGGCAGGCUGUGAGGCCUCUGGGGGACCAGGGACCACCCCUCUACCCCUGUCUUCUCGUUCCUCUGGCCUCUACCCACCCACUCCUUGGAUUAUUAUCUUUUUUUUUUUUAAAGUGGUUGCCUUACUUUUUGGAUAAAUAUUUUUGAAGCUGGCAUUUCUAUUUCUUUUGGAUUUUUUUUAAUGUAUGGUGGUUUCGGGGGCAGAGCUAGACCCUUAAUAAUCUGUCACUGAGUUCAUUUUAAGUUUUAUUGGUUUGUUUUGUGGAGUGUUUUCUUUUCAAGUAAUAAAAUUUUAAAUGGAAAUGAA